AUGACCACCUCGGCGCGGCGUCAGCUCUUUCGGCGCUCAAAAGCUGGUUGCUGGAACUGUCGAUCCAAGAAGAAGAAGUGCGACGAAGCGCGCCCUCAUUGCACUCGAUGCCUUCGUGCUGGUGAAGGCUGUCGCUAUCCGGACGCAAGCUCCGAGUCCCUAGCGGACUCUGGCCAUGCCAUGUCGCCAAGCGAUCAUGCCUCGCCAUCUAUCACCUCCUCCACCUCCUUCCAGAGCGGCUUGACAAUGCAUACAUCGCCUAUGCUUUCGCGCUCGUCAUCCACCUCGGGCUACUCGUCGCAGCAUCAUUCACGUCGCACUCCAUACCAACCGCACCAACAUCACCCGUACGCUCCCGCGUCGGAUCAUCAUUCGUACUCUGCAUCUCUAGACCACCAUCGACCUGCUCCUCAGCGUGACUACCAUCCGCACCGAUCUGUCUCUCUUCAAAGGCCCUCGACGCCUCCGUCUUCAAGCGUUCACCAUCCCUACUAUUCGACUGCACAUGUCGCUGGUCAGCCGCCCAUGUCGCAGCAGCAGUUCCCGCCUCCACCUCUGUCAGCAAGCGCCGCUGCUGAUUGGGACCACACUUCGCAACAGCAUCUGUACAAACGUGCGAGAUACGAUGUUCCUGCGGCAUCCGCUUCAAACACGGCAGUGUCUCCAGUGUAUCAAGAUCCUCGCUCACGUCAAUCUUUCGAGCCGCACCACCGAGCCGCUUCGAACCACAGCCAAACGAGCAGCAAGGGCAAAGCCCGAGACACGCUGCCGCCCAUCUCUCCUAUCCGCCCAGAGGCUGUCUCCAUGAUCGUCUCGGCGUCACUUCCGCCUAUGAACGGUGCACCGUCCCCUCCACACCGCAACGUGGCAUCGCCGAAGCUCGCCGCUCGCUCCGCCGAUACAUCGCCUGCUGAUCGGGUCAGCCCGGCCGUUGCCAAUCGUCAAGCGCACGGCUCGCCGCCCAACUCGCAUCAACCCGCUUGGUAUCCUGGGUCUGCACCUAAAACGUACUCUAACGCGCACGGUCGUGCCCAUGCGGACGCCACGGAGCUCGAUGCACCACCCAGUCCUUCGCCGCGACCCUCUUCGAGUUUUGCGCAACCCCGACAUAAGCUGGUGUUCGAUUACAAUUCAAACGAUCCCGAUCCGGAGCAGUUCCUGUCUUCCAUCGAAACGCUCCCACAUUCCGUCGUGACGCAGCCCACCAAGGGUGCCCAUGCAUACUUUGGUUUUCUUCAAGGCAUCGCACGUCUGCCUCAAGGUCAAGCUAUGGCACACGCGCUUGCGGCUGUAGCUGCAUCACAUCAAGCCAAUGGCCGCGUAGACUCGGACGAGCAGGGCGAACAUGCCGACGUCGCGAGACCUCGCGUCGACCAGAGCAGAACAGCAUUGGCAGAGCUUGCCAACCGACAUCACCUCUCGGCGAUUAAAGCGCUUCAGACGCAACAGCAGCCGAGUCGACGCCGUCGAUUCUCGGUCAUCGAGACCAACCCAAACGCCAGCGCAGAGGAAUUGCCAGCCGGGAGCAACGCUGCCACCAUGAUACUGCUCAUCCUCGCUUGCAGCUCGAUUGGCAAGUCUCUUAUGCUGCCUUCGUACUUCAACCAGUGCGAGCAAUUCCUUGCUGAUGCCGUCGAGCACGUGUCCACACAUCGACUGUUUCCGUCGGUCAGCGGCGAGGCCAUCGUGGGUACACCGGAGGACCCACCAAUCUUCUCUGCGGACAAUCUUACGAACUACGGCGGUCUCCUUCUUCUCGGUACUGUGGUUGGCCUCUACGAAUGCUAUCUGUCUCAGUAUACCGCAAUCACCGACUGGGACUACAACCCAGCUCGUCUCAAGAGGCUCCUGCCGUUCAACUGGAGCGAAUCGGAUGCUCUUGCGUUUGAUCAAGUGCGUAAAAGCGUCUCCGAGACCACAUACAGCGUCUCGAUGGUCACCAUCGAGUUGGUGGUCGAGACUCUCGAUACGAUGCGACGAUUCAAGCGAGCUGAAGCUGUUGCCUACGGCAAUCGACAGAGCAGUCGAAGCGGAGCCGAGGACGGCGCGGCAGCACUGGACAGUUUGGCGCUCAGAGAAGAAUUGGGAUUGGUGAUCCGCGACCUGGAGGCAGGGACGUUCUGGAAAGGCGCUUCGCGAACCCUGAGCGAGGCCGAGCAGCAGGCGGUCCUCAACGGCAGUCCGAGUGAAACUCCCGGGGCAAACGCUGACCAGCAGCCACACGAGGACGAGGACGCCAACCAGGCGAGCGCCCCUGUGACUCGAGCGUUCAAAUCUGGCUCGCUCUUUACACCGUCGUCAUCUGGCGAGCAGAAGUCCAUCGUGAAUCGACUUCGGCUUGCCAAUCAUCUCUAUCGCAAUGCCCUGCUCGUCGAUCUCUACGUUACUGUCUUCAACCGACCCGCCACGAGCCUUGCAGUCCGAGAACUCGUCUCGCGCAGCAUCGCAUUGCUGUCCGCUGUUCCGGAGAAGCUCGAGCAGGGUCUCAUGUGGCCAGCCAUCGUCCUUGGUUCGUAUGCACAGGACGAGGCGGAGCGUGCCCAGGUGCGCUCCUUCAUUCGACAGUCGCAGUGGAAAGGUACGGCAGGACCAUCGACUGCCUCGGACGUCCUUGAACGUGUCUGGGCUCAGCAGUGCUCUUGGAGAGACAGCGUCAGCUACUUUGGCAGCCCGUACAUUUCGUAA